AUGCACCAUGAUUGCUCCCAGCCGAUUGUCCAUAGAGACAUAUCAAGCAGUAAUGUUUUGCUUGAUUCUAAGUAUGAAGCUCGUGUCUCUGAUUUUGGCAUCGCUAAGAUUCUCAAACCAGACUCAUCCAAUCGCAAUACGUUGGCAGGAACAUAUGGCUAUGUUGCACCAGAGCUUGCAUAUACGAUGAAGGUUACACAAAUGUGUGAUGUCUAUAGCUUUGGAGUAUUAGCAUUGGAGAUAAUCAAAGGAAAGCAUCUCGGGGAAUACAUUACCGUGCUAACAAAUUCAUCGACUAGAGAUAACGUGCUUCAACUUAGCGAUUUGCUAGAUGAACACCUUCCAUAUCCUGAAGGGAGAGUAAAAGAGGUUUUGUUUUUUAUCAUCAAGCUAGCUAGCAAGCUCUUGUUUGCUUGA